CUGUACGACCUCUUGCGUAACACCAACUUCAGGGGGGUUUCACUCAACCUAACCCGCAAGUUUGCGCAGCAGUUGUGUACAGCACUUCUCUUCCUGUCCACGCCGGAGCUUCAGAUCAUUCACUGUGAUCUCAAACCUGAAAAUAUCCUGUUGUGCAACCCCAAGCGAAGUGCCAUCAAGAUUGUGGACUUCGGCAGUUCUUGUCAAAUGGGGCAAAGGAUAUACCAGUACAUUCAGUCAAGGUUUUACCGUUCCCCUGAAGUGUUACUGGGAAUCCCAUACAACAUGGCCAUUGACAUGUGGAGUCUAGGCUGUAUACUUGUGGAGAUGCAUACAGGAGAACCUUUAUUUUCAGGGGCCAAUGAGGUGGACCAGAUGAACAAGAUAGUGGAAGUGUUAGGGAUGCCACCAAAGCACAUCCUCGACAUGGCGACUAAAGCACGACGCUAUUUUGAUAAGUUACCUGAUGGGACCUAUAUUCUAAAGAAACCAAAGGAUGGCAAGAAAUACAAGCCGCCAAUGAGUCGUAAAUUGCGGGACAUUAUUGGGGUAGAGAGCGGCGGUCCGGGCGGGCGGCGCUUGAAUGAGCAGGGUCACUCAGUCUCGGAUUAUCUCAAGUUUGAGGAUCUGAUUAAGAAAAUGCUUGAUUAUGACCCAAAGACACGGAUCACUCCAUAUUAUGGGCUGCAGCACAAUUUCUUCAAACGAACGAGUGACGAAUCCACAAACACGAGUAACUCCACCAGUCCAGCAAUUGAACACACGGUGGCCUCCCCAAUCAACCAUUCAACCUCACAAACUGUGGUGGUGUCGGGUCGUGCACGGUCAGACCCUUCGCACCAGCACACUCACACAGGGCACUCUCAUGGGGCUAUGGACUGUGAGGUGUUUACUCAUCAUGCAGCUCAUCCUCCCCACUCUGCCCACCAUCCCCGCCACGUGCACCCAUACCAUGCCCACCGUUGUCGACCACUGGACCCUCGCCCUCUAGAUGCAGCCGGACGGCCCCAACCUCAGGCUACGGCAGCAGGCAGCGUAGCUGCUGCCGGAGGAUCCUUGCCACCAACGGCAGUGUAUGCAGCUCACCCAUAUUUGCCGAUGGCACUGGACUGUACCCAGACCGGCUCUGUGAAUCUGCCCUUGGCACCUAGUGGUGGUAGUAGUGGUGGUGGUCCACCCCAAGCAUCCUACCAGUAUCCUGGCAUUCCCUCCUUCCCACCUUCCACUUCCAGUAGUAGUGGAGGCAGUGGAGGACAAGGAAGCAUGGUCGGGUAUAGCUACCCUGGUGGUUCUCUAGUGCCGGUUGUGUCAGGAGGCCCCAGUGUACUGUAUGAAGGGGCACGCCCACCUGGGGGUCAUCUUGAGCAACCACAACCGCUGCCCAUGUCUCAGCAAGGUGCAGCAGGAGCAGCAGCAGUGGCAGCAGGAGCAGUGCGGGUGGGACAAAGACAGAGCAGCAGUGGUGGAGGAGGUGGAGGAGGAGGAGGAGGUGGAGGAGGAGGAGCAGGAGGAGCAGGAGGAGGAGGUGGUGGUAGUGGCUCAGGAGGGGCUGGUGCAGGGGGUGAGGACAGCCCCAUGGUGGUGCAGCACAGCCCCCUGGCCAGUCAUUAACCCCUGGGCUGACCUAGCAACCUGCUCAACAGUGUAUUGUAAACAGUGGGCAGCCAGGCUUAGGACAGCUAGGAGUAAGUGAGCCUGGGCCGAGACAGCGCAGGGCGGGUGGGCACAUUGUGGUGCAGGACCGUGUGUGCCUGUGUGAUGUGAGCCUGUAACACCCAGAGUGGAGGCUGGCGGGGAACCACCCAUGUUUCAGCGCCGCCGCCCCCCGGCCCCCCUCUCUCUCCUGCCACUGCUUUUAUCUUGUUAUUUAUUAUUCUGGUGAGGAGGGACUGGCCAAGGGCCGCCCUGCAUCUGGCUGCCGGGCUGCCCGGGGGCCGGGCCGGCUGCGUUGGCUAAUCCAGUCUCAGGAACUCCCUCCCCCCACCGCCACCACCACAUCUAGACUACCACUUCCCUUACCCUCAUCAACACUCCUCAAAUAAUGCCAUCACUACCACACCCAUCAAUAGAUCACCACCAGCAUAUUGCCUGCCACUGAUGCAUUGAUAGUGCAGUAACCCCUCCUUUUUCCCUUUGUCUGUCUGAUAUUAUGCAUAACGUUCAUAACUCAGUAUUCAGUGAGUGCAUUUUGGAUUAUUGCACUCCAAUAUCCUCCUACUACUUUUCCCAACCUUUUUCUAAUCUUCAGUCUUGCAGAAGCACUUAUCAUGCAGAAAAAACACCUUCAGAGCAACACUGGUUCAGCUGGCUCCUCUCUCACAACAGAAAUAUUACACAUAGUGAGCCAGUUCAAAAGUGUAGACAACACAAAAAAUCUAAUCAUGAACCGUUUAGCCUUGUUCUACAUUGAAAAAGUCAUUGUUAAGUGAGAUAAACAGGCAUAUACAGGUAUUUCAAUAAAUACAGCAACACAAACAUUGAUCUCAUAUUUGGCAGCUUAAACAUUUAAAAAUCUUCAGUAACAAAAAUUAAAAUUCACUAACCAAUGGUGAUACAAAGCACCAGAAAUCUAAGCAUUUAUCCAGUUUGCUCACAUGUGAACAGGCAACAACCCACAAAAAAGAAACAUUCAGCUUUUCUUACAUGUAAACAAUCAUGCAUAUACAGUUGUUACAAUUUCCUUUCCCUGACAUUCAUCCCUCCCACAAAAGCAUAUGGUGUAACUUUCUUCUACACCUCAUUAAAUGUAUCAUUCGUACAGCAGGAUCCUAUAUAUGCAAGCAGCUGGUGCAUUUACAGCUAAGUUUUGUGCAUCCUGCUGAUGCAUUACAUAAAUCACAUCUCUUAGGACAAUGAGUUCUGUUCAUGUUGAGCCAGUUUCCCCACUAAACCAGCUGCUACAAUUUCCAAACAGGAACUGUCAAACACCCAUAUCCAAGUGUAGUAUCAGUCAUCAGUCAUCCCAUCCCCCUCUCAUUCCAUCCUACACAACAACCCCACCCUGCACAUCCAGCUUCAGGCCAGCUGGACUCUGCUCAGUCUGAUAGCAGCUUGUAGCAUUUGUAGAGUAUAUUCCAAUCUGUACUUCAAAACCAUAAGUAUCAAAAUACAGUCAUAAAUUA